AUGCAAUCCCCAUUCUCACCAUCCACUCUCAUUCUUCUCGCCUCCCUUUUCUCCCUGUCGUUUCACUCUCCCGUCGUCGUUCACGCCUCCACGAACCCCGAUUUCCAUCCCCUCAUGUCUUUUAAAGCCUUAUCCGACACUUCCAACAAACUCACCAAAUGGAACGCAACCUCCACAAACCCAUGCACCUGGAACGGCGUUUCCUGUCUCAGGAACCGCGUCUCUCGCCUCGUCCUCGAAGACCUCAACCUCACCGCCUCCUUCCACCCCUUAACCUCUCUCACCCAACUCCGAAUCCUAAGCCUAAAACGCAACCGUUUCAACGGUCCCAUUCCCAAUCUCACAACCCUCUCCGCCCUCAAGCUUCUCUUCCUCUCUCACAACCAAUUCUCCGGCGAGUUCCCGGUCACCGUCACGUCGCUCGCCCGCUUGUACCGCCUCGAUCUCUCUCACAACAACCUCUCCGGCGAGAUUCCGGCUACGGUUAACCGUUUGACUCACCUUCUGACCCUCCGCGUCGACGUUAACAAAAUCCACGGCCACAUUCCCAGCAUUACCCUCUCUCAUCUCCAAGACUUCAACGUCUCAAGUAACCAUCUCUCGGGUCAAAUACCCGAAUCUCUGUCGGGUUUUCCCGGAUCCGCUUUCUCUCAUAACCCUUAUCUUUGUGGGGUCCCGUUGCAGAAAUGUAAAGCCAUGCCAGCCCUCGCUUCUCCGUUGAAUACCCGAAACGACACCGUAACGACAAAACCUGAGAACGAAGCCGUACAAGGGAGUAAAACCCGUGAAGGAAACGGCGCUCCGAAAAUGGGGGCAAUGGUUUUAAUAGCCAUUGUUCUCGGCGAUCUUAUGGUGCUUGCAUUAGUGUCCCUGCUUCUCUAUUACUACUACUGGAGAAACUACACUAAGUUGAGGGAGGGGCAAAAUGAGUCGAAUUUGAAAAAUUCGAAGGGUUUGGAAAGUGAAAAAGUGAGUGCUUAUUCGGGGCAAAGAGGCGUGGGGAAGGGUGGAACUGAAAUGGUGUUUUUGGAAGGGGUGAAGAGGUUUGAGUUGGAAGAGUUGUUGCGUGCCUCUGCGGAGAUGUUGGGGAAGGGUGCGUUGGGUACGGCUUAUAAAGCUGUUCUUGAUGAUGGGACUGUGGUUGCCGUGAAGAGGUUGAAGGAUGCGAACGUGGGAGGGAAGAGGGAGUUCGAGCAGCGAAUGGAAGUGCUGGGGAGGUUGAGACACGACAACGUUGUUAGUUUGAGGGCUUACUAUUUCGCCAGGGAGGAGAAGUUGCUCGUCUCUGAUUACAUGCCCAAUGGUACCCUUUUCUGCCUCCUUCACGGUAACCGAGGACCGGGGCGAACCCCGCUAGACUGGACCACGAGGCUGAAGAUAGCAGCUGGAGCGGCACGAGGCGUGGCCUUCAUUCACAGCUCCAGUAAUCAUAAACUCACUCACGGCAACAUCAAAUCCACAAACGUCCUUGUCGACGUGGCAGGCAACGCGCGCGUCGCCGAUUUCGGGCUCUCCAUCUUCGCAAGCCCAUCAAACUCACGAUCCAACGGCUACCGCGCGCCUGAGGCAUCUGACGGCCGAAGACGGACCCAGAAGUCUGACGUGUACUCCUUCGGCGUUCUGCUGAUGGAGAUGCUGACGGCAAAGUGUCCCUCCACCGUGGACGGCGGCGCAUUGGCGGUGGCGGUGGACUUACCUAGGUGGGUCCAGUCGGUGGUGAGGGAGGAGUGGACGGCUGAAGUGUUCGAUCUUGAACUGCUGAGAUAUAAGGAUAUUGAGGAGGAGAUGGUGGCGCUGCUGCAGAUAGCUAUGGCGUGCACUGCGACCGCGCCUGAUCAACGGCCGAGGAUGAGCCACGUGGUCAAUAUGAUCGAAGAGUUGCGUGGGGUCCAGGUGUCGUCCUGUCAUGACACGUUAAUUGACUCGGUGUCUGAGUACACUUCCGUGUCUGAAGAUGCGUGCAGGGGAGCUGGAGGUGGAGCUUCUAGCCUAUGA